GCUUCAGUAUCAGCUCAAAAAUGCAACAGAGUUUUCUAGUCCUCCUACUUGGCUGUGUGGCAUUUGCCAACGCUUUUGGCUUCAGCCUGCGAUUUUUAAACCCAUCAACGGACCCUGUCCAGCCUGCAGAAAAUCCAAAACUAUGCACACCUAUGGAGGAGGCAGCACCUUCGGAAAGGGUUCACUCACUGAUCUCGCCAUCUGAAAUACCAAGUAGUACGCCGAAUGAUCCUGUAGUCGUAAAUGGAAGACCCGUGGUACCUCUACCCACACUUGCACCGAUUUCCACUUCAACUACAACACAGCUCAACAGAGGAACAUAUGAGGGAAAUGUGCCCAAUCUUCCGGUGGACUGCGAACCCACAACAUUGGAUAUCGGAAGUCGGUUAAGUUCGCAGCUCCUGAGAAUACUCACAGUCUUGGGCUAAGAGGAUACCCUUAGCAUUAUUUUCUUAAAAUUUAUUUGUCUUGAGAUUUGUAUAUCAAUAACUAACUAAAGGGUUUAAGAUAAUUUAAAUUUCUUAUUGAAUAAUAAAUCUGAAGAUCGUU